AUGGUAUCGUCAGGAUUGGCUAGAAUUGUCAUUGUCCUACACACUGCUAAUGUCCUCCAUGCCUUUGCCAUCGUGGAGAAGGAAGAUAUAUUCAGGCAGACUCCUUGCCCAGCUUUCCUGAUGUUUGAGAAUGCUGCCUACCUGGCUGACAUGAGUUUUGAGCUACCUUGCAAUUGCAAGCCAGAACAGGUCACCUCUGUGGUAUGGUACUUCCAGAAGAACAUGGGCAGUCGGCAGACAAGAGUCUUGACAGAUUUUGAUGGCACUUUGGUUGUGGACUCCAGCUACAUCAAGGUAGGCAGUGACAUGUUCCGGCGCUUCAGUAUUAGGAUGUUCAGUCUUAUUGUCUUCCGAGUUCAGACAGAAGAUUCUGGGCACUAUAUAUGUGGCACAAAGCAAGGAGACUUCUUCUAUGGCUAUGAUGUAGAUGUGCAGGCCUCCAAGGGCAUAGAUGUUGCCUUUACAGACAAAAAUCAACACCCACGGGAGGACCGUGAUGCAAAACAAUUUACGGUCUUCACCAUCUUCUGGGACUGGACCACAUGUGACCGUUGCAAUGUCAGAGGUGAGCAACGAAGAAUUGGUCUUUGCUACAUGAAGAGCGCCUAUCUGCUCAAGCGGUACCGUACCAGCACAGCAGAAGUGGCAUCCUGUGGCUCUAGCUCAAUCCCAAAGCAGUUCCGGGGGAUUAUCCAGAAUAGGAAGCCUGAGAUUGUUAUUCGAAGUUGCAUGAAGUCUUGCAGAAAGAAAAAAUCCUCAAAAAAGGGUGAAGCUUCCAUCUCCAACAUCAUCUCAAAACUUGGGGAAAAACCGUGGGUUCCCAAUGUCCCUGUUCAGUUCCACAAGCAGUCCCUUGGCAGUGGAUUGAUCAUCUCCUGCCCUAGUGCCAGGCCAGAACAUGCUGUGGCCUGGGACAAAGAUUCAACUCGGUUGUAUCUCACCAGGUACCUUACCGGGAUCAAUCGAAGCAUGAGGGUCUUCAUAGAUCAUGGAAACCAACUGCACAUUCGGUUUGCCCAGCUGAGUGACAGAGGCACCUACUACUGCUGGCGAGAGGGGCAAAUGGUAGCUGGUUUCCGGCUCUCUGUGGUGUACGAGAGCCGCCGCAGACGAAGCCUGGAUGAUCCUGAGACACUAUAUGCGGUAAAGGUCAUUGUCACAAGCUAUGUCCUCAUCACUAUACUGUUUGUCGUCAUCCAUGUGGUCCGCUGCUGCCUUUAUGCAUUCAAAUGCACAGCUGUGGAAUAG